CGAACUUUGCGGGGAUAAGUGUUGAUCAAUGCUCGCGAAUGGAUUAUCGACGGGGCGGUAAGUGCAAAGCGGGCCAUGCCUUCCUGGGAUGAAUUAACAUUUCAACCAUUCCCGUAAAAGCGUCGGGAAUGCAGAGAGACGCCACAGCGGCGCGAACCGCCGCCGCCGCCGAACCGGCCGAUGAGAAGGACCGGCUGACGAUGGCCGACGGCGACCGGGGUGCUCCCGGACCAGACGGAGGAUGAGGUCGGCUGCCAGCGGAGAGGGAUCGAGAGCGGCAGCAGAGGUGGAAUAUAAUGAAGUUGAGUGGGAAAGGACUCUGCGCCGUCCUGUCCAGCACCCUCCUCUUCGCGUGCGCCCUCUGCGAAUUUGUGCUCGGAUUAAGAUGCGUCUCGCUGGGCUCCAGAGUCAGGGAACACUUUCACCUCGGCGCUCCGGCCGGAGCCUUCUACUCCGGGCUGCUCCUCGGCAGCGGCCAGGUCCUCCUGGGCGCCGCGCUGCUCUGUUGCACGGGGAAGCCGCGCGGCCGGAAUUUGGUCCUCCUCGGGGUUGUGAUCUUCCUUCUGGGGGUCCUCACAGCCUUCUCCGGAGCCGUGGUGGACGGGGACACCGCUUCCCUGGUAGAGAGGAAGUAUUUCCACUACUGUGUCCAAUCGGGCCAGGUGAGCCGCGCCUGCGAGGAGCUGAGGGAGUACCAGAGAAGUUUGGUCAUCUCCUCGGUGCUCAGCACGCUCGAGUGCCUCCUGGCUCUCGCCAACCUGGUGCUCAUCCAAAGGUACAAAGCGGCUCAGUUCUCUAGGAACAGGCAAGUUCAGAGGCACAGCUCCGGGCCCAUCAUCUUCAGCGAGGAGCGGGACUGCUCCUCAGCGGACUUUCAGCCUGUGUCUUAUAUCAAUUUAGCCGUUUUGAGCGUGUUGGACGAGAGCGGCGGCGCGGAAGCCCAGCGCGGAGGGCACCCUUCCAUCGAGCUGCCGGGAUAUUCUCCCGCAGACCCGGAGCUCAACCACAGCUUCCCCUUCUCCUACCCGCUGGCCAGUGAAAUGCCGCCGGCUUAUGAGGACAUCUUCCCCGCAGAGGCACGCAACACAUAGCCGAGCCGAGCCGCUGUGGAACAACCACCGGAGGGGACAUUUUCUUCCAGUUGCCUGCUACACUUUGCAUUCACAUCGCCGUCACACUAUUGACGAGCAACAAGGCACAUUAAGGCCAGCAGCUUGCACUUCAGUUUGUGUUGGAAUAUUUGCUGUUCAGAUUUAUAUUCGUGAAUAAAAAGUAUAUUUAACCUCAUAUCGUGCACACUGAACUUUCCA